AUGGGAGGCACCCGCAACUGCUUAUUUAUUUUUCGCCCAUCAUCCGCGCAGAUCUCACGAUACACAGAACAAAACACCUACGGCAUCCAGAGAGACAGAACCACCGAUCCUAUGACUUGGCACAGGGACUGCAGGAAGGCUGACAUUACUGUCAUCGACUUAGGGCUCGGCGGACUAGUACCGUGCUGCAACAGCUGUGGAGAAGUCUGCCCUUCGAACGACAACGAUGCCACCGAUGCCGGGCCAUCAGCCACCUAUUCGAUACUUGCGCUUGAGCCUCCAUCCCGUCAUGAGAACCUCCACUGGCCCUCGUCUGUUUCCUACUUUGACGACGAUGACUUUAAAAUCAGUCGUGGAACGAGCGCAUCGCCCAACAGCCUUUCCCAAGAACAACCAAAUGACGGCAAAGAAGCAUCAGCCCUCUCUUGCUCUGAACCCCUUCCACGGAAAUCACGCUUCCAAGGACUAGGCGAAAGGCAAAUCCGCCUGUUGCAUCUCUCCAACGGAAAUUUCAACGAUCUACUUCACAUUGAUCUCACAGUCGAGGACUUCGCAUUCGGGGUGGAAUAUGAGGCACUUUCAUACACCUGGGCCAACGAUGCAGGCGACUCCCGUAAAUCAUGCUCCGUUUAUUACGGCGAAGGCUGGGAGGUGAUCAGGGUCACAGAAAAUUGCGCCAACGCCCUUCGAAGGCUCCGCUACCGCAACAAGACAAGGACACUUUGGGUUGAUGCCAUCUGCAUCAACCAAGAGGAUGUCGACGAACGAAGUCAUCAAGUAGAAAUGAUGGCGGAUAUCUUCGCAUGCGCAGCAAGGGUCAUGGUCUACCUGGGCGAGAAUGAACCUGGAUCUUUCGAUGAUGAACCACUCUACAGUUCGCGUCUCCGUCAGCAGGUUGAAGAACUCUGCGGCAAAUCAUACUUCUCCCGAAUCUGGGUAGUGCAGGAAUUGGUGUUUGCCGCGGAGAAGACCGUCAUAUGUGGUUCUACAACGUGGGAUUGGGGAAUCUUUGAUUCUAUAGCGCGCAGCCUUCCAGACGCUACCGGGAUAUCCUGGAUCCAUUACUGCAAUGACCGCAAGUCCCGCGAGGGUCUAGAUCUGUUUCAGUUACUUUGCAGCACCCUCAACUGCAAAUCAUCUGAUCCACGAGAUCGAGUGUUUGCUCUUCUCGGCCUGGUUGUUGGAUCAAGAGCUAUGGGUCUCACGCCAGACUAUUCUAUACCACUUGCGGAUCUCAUGGUCGGAGUGACGGGCCACUUCCUCAAUCAUUGUUCUGCUCAGGACUGCAGAACAAUUUUCUGCUUAGCCCGCACGAAUGGUGUUUCUGCGUGGGCAUCGUGGGCAUCGUGGGUCCCGAACUGGGCGGAUAUUGGGCAACGGCAAUGGCUUGAGGCUGCUUCUAUUAGGCAGGACCAGGAAUACUUGGGCAUCGAGGAAAAAGGCUGGAGUCCACAUCUACUUUUAAGGUGUGUCAAAACUGAAGGGCCGGCCGUUGGGAAGGCAACUGGUUGCCUUAGACUGAAAGGAUUCUUGGUCGCUUCCGGUCCCAACACGGAACAAAUCACAUUUUGCGGCGUCUCACCUUUUUGGGAACCAAGCGCCAUAUAUACAAGCACAUGGGAUCAGCUCGAGGGAGUUGACAUCGUUGUUGUCUACAUUCCCUACUUUGAUUCAUAUUUCCUUCUUCGCUCUUCAACCACUUCCACGGAUCAUGUGGCAGCCGAGUCAAGUGAAAUUUGCGCUCUCGGCCCUCAUGGGCCAGACUUUGACAGAAUAACGACAAUACAUCCUCCUCAUUUAGUCCACGACCACAGCGUUCCAAAUUUAGCCAACGUCAACACAUGGGUCAAAGCUCUUUUUCGAUCAGGCGUGUAUACCGGUGCCGAUCUGAGCGGCCUCGUGGAGCCUUGGACACAGCUCUUGGAAAACAAAGUUGACUAUCCCAAGGAAACAUGGAAACGGAAGAGACUCUGGGUACGAAUGCUGUUACGAAAGGCCGUAAUCUACCACCAAACUCUAUCCCUACUUCUGAAGAGGGGUAACGACGCAAGAGAGGGGCAGACCCUUCCGAGAACGCUAUCUUUGAUUCGAAACAUCAGCCUUUUCGCCGAAGAUUUGACGCAGUUUGUGCGUACAGGUGCACUGCUUGAUUCCGCUCUUAUGCUUGGCAUGUUUCUAUGGAAGAUUGCUUCGAUAUGUAAAUUUCCGAAAGGUUUCAUUUUCCUGCAGGACGAGUCUUCCGCAUCUUACCAUAUCGAAAAUCAGAUACUGUUUAGUUCGUUCAGCCACUUUUUAACAGAGCUUCUGGUUGAAGAAGACGAAGAUGACGAUUGGGGCUUCAAAAAACACAACACAAAAAUAGUGAAGCAUUUCAUUGAGUUUCUAUCGGCCUAUAUAUCCCUUCCGCAAAACGCAAGUCUUUGCCCGUUGAAUCACGACAGCGAACAUUGGAGUUCAAUCUCGGAACAUUCGACGUCUGGAAUGCCAAUCAACGAUGGCCAGUUUAGUCUCCUCCCCAGGCACACAGUCUGGUGUCUGACGGGCCGGCGCUCGAUUAUCUCAGCAUAUCGCACACAGAAUAGGCGGUGGCUAGGCUGGAGGGACUAUCCAGAUCCCGAUGUCAUACAGUGUAUGCGGGUUGAUGAGGCUCUUUCCAGCAAAGGGUGGCAGGUUUUUGUGCCAGAUUUGAUUGACGUGUAUUUUGCGUGA